AUGGUUGAUCUCUAUUCUAAAUCAAUGAUAUUUCAAUCUUAUAUAGAUAUUCUUGUUCAAAAACUCGUCGAUCAAUUUAAAAUCAUCGAGAAAGAAUAUCAAGGAGAACCAUCGCGUGGUUUCUGUAUUUUAGAAUUAAAUGCUGGUACUGUUGCUCUUACUUUGGUGAUUUUAAAGAAAUUAUUUGAACAAACAUCGAUUAUUCAAGAAAGUCGAUUGAUCUAUAUUUCUACUGAUGUUAGUGGCAAAUUUCUUUUAGAUGCAAAGAAAUGUUUUUCUUCCAUUUAUCUAUGUAUUCAAUAUGAAUUAAGUAAUCUUGAUGAAGACUUAGCAACACAAAAACUUAAUCUUUAUUCAUUUGAUUUUCUUCAUGUCGCACAAGAUUUAAUGUUAUGUUUAAAUCGUGUUCAACAAUUAUUGCAAUCCAAUGAUUUUCUUUUAUAUUUUCGUUUAAAAACUGAUACAACUGGUCAAUUACAAACAUUAAAAUAUCGAUUAUUUGAUCUUCUUUCUUCCCUAUCACCAAAUGAUGUUGAAGUUGAAAUUUGUGCUUUCUCAUUAAACUUUAAAGAUUUAAUGUUAGCAUUGGGAAUGUUAGAGAAUCCAAUGGGUUUUGAUCGUCAAAUAUUAAAAUAUCGAGAAAAUUCAAUCAAUCUAAGUUUAGAACUAAGUGGAAUUAUGGCGAAUGUUGAAAAAACUUAUAGAUGUAAAUUAUUUGCUAAUUCUCAUUCGACUGAAGAAUGGAAACUCGAAGUUAUGAAAUUAACAAAUGGUGAAGGUGUAGAUAAUGUUUUAAAUCCUUUAAAAGGUGAUGCUAUCCAAGCUGAUGUACAAUGUUUAAAAAUCGGUGGACUUUUUAUUGAAAUUGGUAAAGUUGACAUUUUAAAUCAUUCAUAA